AUAAGUACAUCAUUUGAAAAAUCCCGCCGUAACCGAGAAAUCGUCGCGUGUUGCGCUGCCAUCGCUGAAAAUUUUUGAAGGAUUCUAAAAAACGGCGGUUACCUUUUGGACUCGACUAUAUCUUUUUACUGGGAAGCGCAUCGGGCACUAACAGGGACAUUUCAUUUUCGCGAUUAAAUUCGUACAGUGAAAAUGGCAAACGUAUCACGGCAACCGAUAUGUUCUCUUCAACCGGGGAUGCAAAAUACAGUGAUAAUCGGCGUUAUAAUACGAAGUCAAAAUUCUAAAAUGAUCGAUCCAACCAGAGCAAGAUAUAACACGGGAUCGAGAGCUGUAUGGAAUUUCACUUUGAGAGAUUCGAUCGAAGACUUCAUAAACGUUACAGUUUGGGGCGCCGUCGACUACAUCAACAAGUUAUUCACCACCUUUACAAUAGGAAGCGUCGUUGAAGUAAUCAAUGCUAAGAUAACAGAUCGAAAACCCGACGAUCCAAAUGAAGUUUACGUCCCUUUCGUCACGAGCCCUUUAACGUUGACUUUGAACCAAAGUUCGUCUUUGAUGCAAAUGCACAGUAGUCCAGGCGUCGCUCGUUAUCGCGAAUUGUUGCAAUUACCGACUAAAAAUCCCGAAGGCGCCUAUACCUUGGCUUAUAUUUUGGAGAAUGCCAAUUUACUGAAAAACGAAUACGUCGACGUCAUUGUAGCUGUAACAUUUGUGAGCCAAACAAGGGAAAUAGUCACUCGUUUGGGAGAACUCGCGAAAAUUCGUGAAUUCGAGGUUGGCGACGCGUCGACGGAUCAAACGAUUUCGUUGACAUUGUGGGACAGUGAAUGGAUAAGGCUUUCUGAUAAAUGGGAACCGAAGCAGACAAUUCUUUUUUUGGCAGACGCUCAGAUUACUCACAAUGAUCGCAUGAAAAAAUCAGCGCUAACUAUAGUAAGAAAAACAGUUAUCACGGAAAAUCCUAAUAUCAAAGAAGCUGAGGAUAUAAGAGUAGCUUUUCAGAGUAAACCAGAUUUAGGCUCAAUGUCUCCCUUUGCCAUUCCCAAUCCAAAUUCCAUCACAAAACAAAUGACUAUCUGUGACAUAACAAAUAGAUUGAAUAGAGUUGUGGCUACUCCUUCUGAUGAAAGAUUACAACUGUUGGUACUUGUCUCUGCAAUGGUCGACGAUAUGAAUAUCGAUAAGAACGACCCAACAAUAAUCAGCGCUCGAUGUGCUAAAUGUAAAAGAAUCGUAGCUACAGGAGACGAUUCUUGCAUGAAUCUGGAAUGUCCUUUCGGAAGCGGAAUCAAGAGCCCAAUGAACGUCAUGAGUCUCAAUAUUUUAGUAAAUUUAAAAGACGAUACUGGCUAUUUGGUUGGAUGCCGAUUGAGAGACGCUGCCGCUGAAGCAGCUUUUUUAUGCAGCGCUGAAUCACUAAGGGAAAUGCCUAUGCAAGUACGUAGUAGACUGAAAGAAAAGUAUUGUAAACAAAUUUGUAACGUGCGUAUGCAGAUUAUUGGUCCGUCAACUUCAUACCAAAAACCAAUCUACAAUAUUCUCGCUAUAGAUGUAGCAGAGACUAAUGAACAAUUUGAACCGCUUAACGUUGAUGAGCUAAAUCUAGAUUAUGAUUAGUGCUAAAGUUCAUUUUAAUCAAUAAUUAAAUAUUUAUUUUUACUGAAUGAAAUUAACUGUUAUGAAACAGUUGACAAGAUACAUAAAUUAAAUCUUGUAAUUUAUUAUAAUUAUUAUUUCAAUUGUUAAUGAAAUAAUUAAUGUUUUAACGUCGUUAAUUAAAUGAUAAGUUAUAUAUCACUGUUUAAUUUUUUAUAACGAUAUAAUUUAGAUACAAUAAAUUAACUUAUCAAUUCUAAUUCUAAAAAUAUUACUUCCAAUUGUUAUGUAUUCAUAUCACCAUUUUUUGGUUGCUUCACAAGCUGCAUGCUUUCGUCUGGGAGAUCAGGGAAUCCCUUUAUGCAAUCCGGUGCACCUACGUAAAAGUAUAAAUUUCCAAUCAUUUUGGCCGCCCAACCAUUGUCUCUUUU